AUGAAGCGGGGCUUUCUCAACUCCAAGCCAGCAAAAGAGCGCCCUGUUGCCUCGACAAAUAACUCGGGUCUCGACCCUGUGCCCACUCAAUUUCCCUAUGCAGCGCUCGAUAAGCCAGUUGAAAUUCCCAAAGGCUACGAAACACCACUCAAUAUUUUGCUCAACGGAUCUAAGAUGGAACUUCCGCCGGAUUCUUUCGCUUACGUCUGGACCACUCUCCCCGGGAUACAGCUGCGCGACGAACCCCAGACAGAAUGUGUGUUGCUGCCCGAGAGCAAAGAUAUCAUUUUGAAGACACCGGGGUUCCCUAAACCACUUCCGCCGAUGCCCACCUGUCCUGCUUUUCGUGUUGCGCGUUCUCCUGGCAAAGGAAUGGGUCUCUUCAGCACCCGCAACAUCAAACAAGGCGAAAUUAUCCUUUAUGAGCGCCCACUCUUGAUCACACCGGCAGCCGUUCGGGCCACUGCUCCUGAGCAUUUUUCGCCGGCUCAGGUGGUUCAGCACUCGCUGAACACGUUCGAGCGUAUUGCAGAAGUGUCCGUGAAUCGAAUGACAGAAGAACGGCAGGCCGCAUUCAUGAGUCUCCAUAACUGCCAUAUGACGGAUGGAUCGGGGCCGAUAGUUGGCAGAAUUAGGACAAAUGGGUUCGGUCUCCCGGGUCUUCAGCCUGGAGCACAACCCAAAACGGAGAUGGAGUUCAGAAUGGGGGCGUAUUCCGUGAUUUGCGAGAAUAUAUCGCGUCUCAAUCACAGUUGCGCUCCAAACACCGCUUUUUCCCUUGACAAAGCGAUGCUAGCCUAUCGGCUUUAUGCCGUUCGUGAUAUUGCUGAAGGAGAAGAGCUGACAUUGCAGUAUGUCGACGUGUUAUGCAGCAAAACGCAACGACAAGAAGCACUCAAACCAUACGAUGUCACUUGCGCGUGUUCUGUCUGCACCGACCCAACCACAGAAAGCGAUAAACGUCGUUCCAUGAUCGGCAGCUUCAUCCCAACCAUCUCAGCAUGGGCUGCCAAUCGACAAUUGCCCGACGACUGGCUGAUUAAAAAGUCAACCGAGGUGCUUGACCUCAUCGAAAAAGAAGGCUUGGAGUACUUUGAAUUGUACUGCAUUGCGACCCAUACGAUUAUGGAAGCCUAUAUCUGCCUGGGGGACAGCGAGAACGCGAGUAAAUGGGCGGAACGCGUAAUCCGCCAGCCCUGGUCAGAAGAGUACAACGAUCAACAUGAGGUUGAGGAGCUGCUGGACCCAGAGAGCCCUGCCUACGCGAAACACGGCCUGUGGCGGAUGCGUGUCGACGAGAAUCCGAUUGGCGAAUUGGGCGCGAUGUUCAAGAUGAUGGGGGAGAUUUGUGGCCCGGAGGGAAUGAAGAUGAUGGACAAUGGUGGUGGGAUGUUCAUGAUGCUGCCAAACCAGAACGCUUCUCCGGAAACUCUCAAGAAGAUUGCGGACGCUAUGGUGAAGUAUGGGCAGCCUUCCGGCUGA